UCAAACUGCUCAUCAUACAGACAAGAUGCUGAUCAUAUUCUACACUCUCCUCACUGUUCUGUCAUGUGUCAGUUCUGUUAAAGUACUCACACAAAAACCUUCAGUACUGACAGAACAAAAGGGAAACUCUGUCAUCAUGGACUGUAAUAUUGCAAAACAUGAAAACUAUGUCUACUGGUAUAAACAGCUUCCAAAUGCAGCUCCUCAGUUUGUGUUGAGAUUCUAUCAUCCACUCAGUUCUCCUGACCAGUACGGUGACAGUUUUCCCUCCAACCGCUUCACAUCUAAAACCAAAUCAAAUAUUGACUAUCAGCUGAUAAUCAAUAAUGUUGAGAUUGGAGAUUCGGCAGUGUAUUACUGUGGCACAUGGGACAGCUCUGUUAAUGAGGGGGUAUUCGGACAAGGAACAAAACUGAUGGUGACUGAUUCUGCUGUUCCUCCUCCUGUUGUGAACAUCCUCCCAUCCACUGAAGAUCAGAGCUCCAGUAAAAUCACUCUGGUGUGUCUGAUCAAUGAUAUGGCCAUGGGUUUUGCUGAUGUGCGUUGGCUUGUGAAUGGGAUCUCAGUUACUGAUGGCGUCUUCACUAGCUCUGCUGAACAACAGUCUAAUGAGAAAUUCAAAAUGAGCAGUUAUUUCACCAUUGAGAGAUCAGAGUGGGAGAAAGACAAAGAUCUGACAUGUGAAGUGACUGUCGGCUCAAGAGUCACUACCAGAAACAUCAAGAAAUCUCACUGCAGUGACUGAAAACAAAGAAGUUUUUAUCUUUUCUUGAUUUUUGUGAUAGUGAGUAAUAAUAUUUGCAGUAAUUAAUAUAAAGAACAUAUCUUAAUAGCAUAAAACAUUUGGUUUAUUGCUUUGUAAAGGAGAUCCAUGUACAUUAGUGUGCUUCAUGAAUAAUAAUAAACGGCAUAUUCAAACACUUUAUUGACUGAAUUAUGUUCUAAGUCUUCACACAAGAUAUUUAGAUGUAUUUAAUUAUAUUAAGUUAUAACGUUAAAUUCAUGUAUAAUUUACAUUUAUAUGUUGUACUAUUCUAAACAAAGUAUCUAAGUUUCAGAAGAGCAUAUGAAAAAAACUACUACUAUUUCAUCCAUUGAAAAGAAAUUUGUGAUUUAAAAUAUCAAAACUACACUAGUGUUAUUGUGGUAAUUCAGUGGGCAGCAGUAUUGAAUGACAGUUAGAGAUGGAGAUGGAUCACAUGAUCAGUAAAUAAACUAGUGUUAGUUAAUGAGAGUUGGUCAUUGAAAUUUUAGUAUGUGUUUUUCAAUAUAGAAUAGUCAAAAAUUAAACAAUUAGUUUCUUGUGCAGUUUUUUUCUUUAAAAG